AUGAGCGUAAACGCAAUUAAGGGAGCUUCGCACCAGCCUCUCGACACGGUCCUCAGCAACUUCAAUGCUAUUCACACCGAUAGCUUCAAAAGCGAUGGGGAUCGUAGCAAGGCACUCCUGGGCGCGUAUGCUCUAGUAGUCAAAGACCUGCUGCUGUUUGAGAACUGGCAUGAGAGGGGCAAUGCUGCUGCAAAUAGUGAUAACCUAGCCGAUAUGGUCAAGUGCGAGCCUAGACUUCUUGGUCAGUCCUUCAAGCUCCUCAAUCUCGUAUUCUUCGCCAUCUUGCAGCAAAUCAUAUAUUACAAGGACUCACUGGGUAAUUACAAGCCAACGAAAUUCUCGCUGUCUCUGCGCCAGACCGUCUUCGGGGAAUGGAUCAACUUUCUUCUUCUUCAAAACACCCGAUAUGCGAAAGACCAGGAGGGAGACAUGUUCGCAUACUACAAUGAGAAUCCUCGCGAAGGAGCAUCGUUCAAUCAUGUUAUGGGUGGUGUCAUGGCGGACCAGGCCACCUGGCUAGACAUUAUACCACCAGAGAGAUUUUUGGAUGGUGCCGAUCCCAGUCAGCCGCUUGUGGUCGAUGUUGGUGGAAACAUUGGCCAUGACAUUGAGAAAUUUCGACAGAUUCUUGUUUUGCACGACUGGUCUGAUGAGCCAGCAAGCAAGAUUUUGCAAGCACUCCGAGGUGCACUCAGGCGUGGAUACAGCAAGCUUUUGAUUCACGGCCAUGUGGUGCCGGAUACAAUGGCACACCCUCAUUCGACGUCUUACGACUUGAACAUGAUGGUUCCGGUCGCGGGACAGGAAAGAACUGAGACCCAAUGGCGUAGAUUGCUUCACCCAGCAGGAUACAAGGUUGUCCAGGUGUGGCGGUCACCCUUGGCAGCCCAGGCUGUUGUAGAGGCAGAGCUGGCCUAA